UCAUUUCAUCAGCACUUGCUCAGUGGCUCGGUAUUGGACGCAGACAGAGUGCUGCUCUGUCAAUUGACAUACAAGACGAUUAUCACUCUUUUGUCUUUCAGUUACCUGUAUAUCGCUUUGAUAUACAUAUAAAUAUUUCAAACAUCGUUUUUAUCAUUGCUAACGUUGCAGUGUGAUUGAGCGUGUUCUUUAAACUCCUGUCACGCGGUUAGAGCGUCUCUUGGAAAUUGGCUUUGUUCGCUCCGACAGCACACAGUCUGCUUUAUCAUCCAGAAUGGACAAUUUGGAGAAAGAAAAUAGGUCUGACGAAGAUUCGGAAUACGAAGAAGAGGAGGUGGACCCUAGAAUUCAGGGAGAACUGGAGAAACUCAACCAGUCUACAGAUGACAUCAACAGAUGUGAGACACAACUGGAGGAUGCCAGGCAGAAGUUCCGCUCGGUGCUGGUUGAGGCCACGGUGAAGCUGGAUGAGCUGGUCAAGAAGAUUGGGAAGGCGGUGGAGGAGUCCAAACCCUACUGGGAGGCCCGGAGAGUGGCCAGACAGGCUCAGCUGGAGGCCCAGAGAGCCACCCAGGACUUCCAGAGGGCCACGGAGGUGCUGCGUGCGGCCAAGGAGACCAUCGCCCUGGCAGAGCAGAGGCUCCUGGAGGAGGACACCAGGCAGUUUGACUCAGCCUGGCAGGAGAUGCUCAACCACGCCACCCAGAGGGUGAUGGAAGCGGAGCAUACAAAGACGCGGAGUGAGCUGGUGCACAAGGAGACAGCAGCCAAGUACACGGCAGCCAUGGGCCGCAUGAAACAGCUGGAGAAGAAACUCAAACGCACCAUCAACAAGUCCAAACCUUACUUUGAGUUGAAGGCAAAGUACUACCUACAGCUUGAGCACCUAAAGAAGAACGUGGAUGAGUUGCAGGCCAAGUUGAGCCAGGCUAAAGAAGGGUACAAGACGGCUCUGAGAAACCUGGAGGUGAUCUCAGACGAGAUCCACGAACGCCGACGCAACUCGGCCAUGGGCCCCCGGGGGCGGGGCGUGGGCGCCGAUGGCGACAGUGUCGCAGUGGAUGACAUUACCAGCUUCAAGAUGGAGUCGGAUGGCAUCUCCAUGACGUCCGGGUCGUUUGAAGAUGAGACCUGCAGCAGCAGUGCCAUGUCAGAGGAGGACUCAGAGACCCGCUCCACUUGCAGCCUGGGCUCCUCCUCCCACUCCCCCAACAGCCUCCAGGACCUCCCCUCGCCCUGUCCCUUUGCCAGCUCCUCCUCGCCCUCCUCCUCGCCCUGUCCCUCCUCCUCCUCUUCCCCUGCUCCCUCCUCACGCCCCUGCAGUCUGGACCUUCCCAGCCCAGUCUCGCUGUCUGACUUUGGCCUCAUCUCUCCUGUCCUGGGACCACGCAGCGAGUGUAGCGGGGCGUCAUCACCUGAGUGUGACCUGGAGAGAGGUGACAGAGCAGAGGGAGCGGAGGGUGAGCUGGACAAUACUGUAAACAACAACAGCACCACCGUCCCAAACACCAAGAAGACCACGGGCCUGGAGGGCCGCCUCAGCUUCCUGUCUCUUCGACGCUCGCGCAACGACAGCACCAAGAACGGCAAGCGCGAACGUCAAAGCCGUUCCCAGACCCCCACCCAAACUGUGGUUCUGAUCAACGGGGUGUGAUGAGGAAAGCUAAUCCACAAGCUAACCCCAUCACCAGCUUUGUGUGCCAAAGUGCUGUAUUGCCAGUAACCACACACACAUUCCAUUCUACCCCAUGAACUAAUACUGGCUAAGUAAACCGAAAGUGGCUCAGUAUGAGAUACUAUGAACAGAAUGGUCAGUGUAUAUACAGUUCAUAUGGAUUAUGAUGAAGAAGAGACUUAAGACCCAACCCAGGGUCAUGAAACCACCACUUCCUAUAGAAAGGACCUUUCACCCUUAGACCUCCCACCCAUAGCGUUGAGACCUCAGUCAGAUUGGCUUCCCAUAAUUCCCUACUGUACUCCACACAUUAAGGAAAGUGCUGGCUAAUAUCCUAUGGGUGGGGGCCCAUGGUAUAUGAGGGGAAAUGGGACAAACAGUGUUGUUUUUUACUGUGAUAUUUUACAUUUACAUUUUAGUCAUUUAGCAGAUGCUCUUAUCCAGGGCGACUUACAGUAGUGAAUGCAUACAUUUCAUGCAUUUUUUUUUUGUACUGGCCCCCCGUGGGAAUCGAACCCACAACCCUGGCGUUGCACACACCAUGCUGGCGUUGCAAACACCAUGCUCUACCAACUGAGCCACAGGGAAGACCAUUGAUAUUCUCCCUGAGAGGGAGCUGCACUUCCAGACAAGAUGGGAUUCUGUUGUUCGUAAAUGAAAGAAUGCACUCCUAGCUUCGACUAUUAGAAAUGAGGGUUAUUUAUAAAACUUGAUGUCACAGUGAAUGUGCCACCUGUUUUAUCAAUACAGAAAUUAGUAAAAUACACAACAUUGAUAGCAAUAUGUGUUAAUCUUUUGUAAACGAAGAGCACGCAUGAGGCCAAGAUUUAAAGUCAGGAUUUCUAAAAAGAAACAAGUACAUUUACGGAGUUUAAGUUUUGUGAAUAACCCUCAUAACUUGUAAUAUUACUCUGCUAUAUCUUCUCACAGAUACUUGACAUGUGAAUACUCUCACCAUUAUGUAAUCCUGUGUACGGCAUAUAGAGCCUAUGGCAAGUGCUUCAUGUUACCAUGGAGACCAAACACCCCCUGGCUGGCAUCUCUUCGGACAGCCUGUGCAUUUGUCCAAUAGGGGUCUUCAGAAUUGGACUUAAAAUAACCUUAUUCUAUUGCACAACUAAUUUCCCAGUGAGCUAACUGUGAUUCCAUCUCGCCUACAGUACACAUAAAGCUGGACUUGGAAUCUGAUUGAACGAGAGUAGAAUAAUUGUGUGGGGUGAGGCUACAGUAGAUAUACCCUCCAUCUUCGCUUCCUCCUGGCUCCCUCCAUCCUGUGGUUCUUCGGUGCCACACUGAUGUGGUGCCAGGGAAAUGGGCCUCGAGACACUGUCACCCCCCCCAGAUCUCCUUCCAUCCAUCUCCCUGUCAUGGCAUCCCCAAUGGCCCUGUACUGAAGGACAACAUCCACCCAUGGACGGUAACACUAAGAACUGAGCAAUAGCGCAAGGACAGAACUUUUGAUAACCAUAUCUGCCCAUGGACACUUUCAUAUAGAGUUCUCUGUAACGGAAUGAAAAUGGCCAGCCUGGUAAUUCUCAGAAUCUGAGGAUGGUUUUGUCUUGGACCAAUCUUAAGGAGAAAGUGAAACUAGAUGACUGAAUGAAACUGAUGAUGGUGAAGAAUGAUGAGGUCUUUUGUGGAAACUGACAGAAUAAUUGAUAGUGUUGUGAUUUCUGGUGGACAGUACCAGCUACUGUAAGUUGUAGAUCGAUAUCGGCUAAAGUGGCACACAGUAGACUGUCAGAUGUUUGUGAAGUCUAGUCGUCUGUCUCAAAUAGUGUUAACUUGUCUUCCUCUCCUGGUCUCCUUAUGCUCCAUGGCCACAUGGGAAAGGUAUUUGGUCACUGAGUUAUGAGAAAAGCAAGCUAUUGCACAAGCGUAUGCAGUCUAUUUGUUAUUGUGAUCGCUCCAGUCUCUGUAUGUACUGUACAUGUACAAAUGUAAUGCGAUAUCGAUGUUUAUAUCUCUGUCACCCUUCGCUGUGGAAUAUAAGGAUAUAACCAUGAACAGUCCCUGUCAUAGCCGUUUUCUUCCAGUGGGUGUUAGGUUAGAGUAACUUUCCAUUGUGUCUCCACGGUUUAUGUGCCUGUUUUCUGAAAAGAAUCCAAUAAACUGAUGUUAACUGCA